AUGGCUUCGACGUCUUUCAGCGGCAGUGGCUACGUGAUGGGCUCCCGGAUCCCCAUCCGGGAUGUCAACCCCAUCGAGUCCAAGCCCAUCUCGGCGUCGCCCCUGCGAAUCACCUCCCGCAUCAUCGGAGCGAGAGAAACGUGUACCGGCUCGGCGAGCCAGUGCGAGAAGCCAGUCGACCCGUCCAGUCUGACCCUGCCCAUCACCCUCGGAGUCACAAUCCCCAUUGUUGGCGCGCUUUUUCUCCUGUUCUACUUCCACCGCCGGAACCUCAAGAGACAGGCGCAGGAGGAUGCAAACGACCCCAACCGGGGCUUGGACUUUGGCCUGGGCGAAACCCCCAUCGACACCGGCGGUAAGAAGCGCAAGAGCAUGAUGUUCCGCGAGAAGGGCAUGGGCGUCGAGACCAAGCACCGCCAGCUGUCCAUGGACAUGAACCUGUCCAGCCCCUACCUCCUCCCGCCGGGCCUCCAGAGCUCACGUGAGUCUCUCAACUCGCUCGCGAGAACCCUCCACAACGAGGCGGACCCCUACCGCCCUGUCGCCCAGUACGCCAACAGCGAUGCCGGCUCCAUCUACACCAAGACGACCAGCCGACGCGGCUCCAGCAUGACCGGCCGCACCACCAUGACGCAGAGCACCCUGCCCCCGAGGCAGAACUCCCUCCCCAGGCCGCCUCCGGCCGCCGCCGAUCCCUUCGCCACCCCCAAGUCCAGGUCGGGAUCGCCGGUCCUGCCGCCCACCUCGCCCGUCAUCGUGUCCCCCACGUCCCCGGUUAUCCGGAGCCCGCUCGUCGCCGAGCCCAUCAUUCCCCAGAUCGAGACCGUGCCGUACCCCGAUGACAAGAGCGGAAGCUCGCUCCCCCAAAUCCCCGACAUCCCGGAACCUGCACCAGUCGCUCGCAAGGGACUGCCCAGCAACCCCCGUCCUUCCCCCGACCACCCGACAAUUCCUGAGGCUUGGGAGCCAGAAAACACCCCUGCAAGCCAGGCCGACGCCCCGUCGGCCUAG